AUGAACUUUAGAGGAUUUCAAAGCGGCUCCCGGUAUUCGGAAGAGGCUAACGCCAUCGCCUGUCACAAGCCUCGCCCAGGCACGAUCUUGAAGCGCACCGUCCCCGCGGAAGAUGCACGGAGCGCUGAACUUCACGGCGCCCGCCAUCCCUCCCGCGGCCCCCGACGUGCCCCCCCCGGCAGCGGUCCUCAGCGUCCUGCUGUCCUGCCUCCUCCCUUGUUACAAACCCUGGUGCUCCUUGAGAGGAGUGGUGAUGACCCCAGAUGGGGUAACUCUCCUACUCGUGAAAAAAGCCUGAAUAACGUGGUAUAUGCUGUUGGACUGGCUUUCACCUUCCUGGGCUUGCUGAGACAAAGGGAGCUUCUGGAUCUCUUGCUGUCUGUGGCGCUUGGCCAGGUACUCUCCCUCCUUAUCUGUGGCAUUGGUCUCACGAGCAAGUAUUUGUCGGAAGAUUUCCAUGCCAACACACCUGUUUUUCAGAGCUUCCUCAAUUACAUCCUUCUAUUCUUGGUCUACACAACAACACUGGCUGUCAGGCAAGGAGAAGAAAACUUGCUGGCGAUUUUGAAAAGGAGAUGGUGGAAGUACAUGAUCCUGGGGAUAAUAGAUAUAGAAGCCAAUUACCUGGUAGUCAAAGCUUAUCAAUACACCACUCUUACUAGUGUACAGCUCCUAGACUGUUUUGUCAUCCCAGUGGUGAUACUGCUCUCCUGGUUCUUCUUACUGGUACGAUACAAGGCAGUACAUUUCAUUGGGAUUGUGGUCUGCAUUCUGGGCAUGGGAUGCAUGGCAGGAGCAGAUGUCCUCGUUGGAAGACAGCAAGGAGCAGGUGAAAAUAAACUGAUAGGGGAUCUCUUAGUACUGGGCGGAGCAACACUAUACGGCAUCUCAAACGUUUGUGAGGAGUAUAUCGUCCGAAAUCUGAGUCGAGUGGAAUUCCUGGGCAUGAUCGGACUCUUUGGCUCCUUCUUCAGUGGAAUUCAGCUUGCAAUCAUGGAACACAAAGAGCUAUUGAAAGUUCCCUGGGAUUGGCAAAUAGGCUUGUUGUAUGUGGGCUUUAGUGCCUGCAUGUUUGGCCUCUACAGCUUUAUGCCAGUGGUCAUAAAGAAAACCAGUGCUACUGCCGUCAACCUCUCCCUACUCACGGCUGACCUGUACAGCCUCUUCUGUGGAUUAUUCCUCUUCCACUACAAGUUUUCAGGACUUUACUUGUUGUCAUUCUUCACUAUCCUUGUUGGGCUGGUGCUCUACUCCUCCACGUCCACCUACGUAGCCCAGGAUCCUCGGGUGUACAAGCAGUUUCGAAACCCUUCAGGACCUGUUGUAGACCUGCCAGCCACCGGGCAGCUGGAGCCUUCGGUAACAUACACCAGCCUGGGGCAGGAGACAGAAGAGGAGCCUCACGUUAGAGUCGCUUAA